AUGUGGCGACCGAAGCCCGUCAUUCGCGAUGCAAAAUGCUCGCUUCUGCAUGAAAACCGCGUCACCGAGUUCAAGAUGCACACCACGGUUUCCAUCGACGAGUUGCCGCACCAUUGCGAGAUGAUCGACAAGGGCAAGGUGGUACGCACGCGUCAGCCGCUUUCCAAGACGAUAUGCGCCUUCCUGAACACGGCUGGCGGCAAAAUCUAUGUGGGGAUCGACGACAAGGGAUUCUUCCGAGGCACGCUGAUGAACGGAAUGUUGUUGGACCACCUGUUGCUGUCCUUGGACGCCACUAUGAAGAGGUUCAACCCGCGACCCGCCGAUGGAGCUAUCACUGUCGAGAUCUUCCCAGUCGUCCCUGCUACUGGCCGCUUUAGUGAUGACGAGCUGCGUAACAUGGAGAUUUUGCCGUAUCCCGAGCAAACGGUCCACAUACUCCACGGCAGCUGCAAGCCUUGUCGCGAUGCCCUCCAUCUGGGUGCUUCAACCGUGAUAGUGCUGAUCCAUGUCAAGAAAUUGGACGAUUGCAUUUAUUCAAACGAGGAAGGAUUGACCUAUGAGCGCACGCAUGGAGGGAAUAGAUUGUUGACAGUCGAUAAGCUGCGCCAACGACUCCAAGCUCGUCUCGGCGAUGAAGGUUUCGGUGCAAUCGAUCAGGCACUGGCAUACAAGGGCGACCAAUUGAAAAUUGUCGCC